CAAACACAGAACUAGUUUCUAGUCUACUAGUUAAACUAAUGUUUGAGGUUUCUGAUGUAGACCUGGUCUGAUGUGGUCUGGAUGGAGGAAACAAAGGCAGAGAAGUCUUCAUUUCUUUGUGUUUUUGACAAACAGAAUAAAGGUUUCACUUGUAGUCCAGGUCUUUAAUGUACCUGGUCUGAUGUGGUCCAGGUCUUUAAUGUACCUGGUCUGAUGUGGUCUCUGUGUGUCCUACACACAGCCUGCAGACUAUCAAUCAACCAGUCAUCAAUGAAGUGAGAUCCCUCCGCUGCCUUAACUAGUGCCUCCGGUGUUACACUGUUUCCUGUCCCCCUCCUGAUUUUUAUGAUUUCUGUCAGAUUAUUUUGGUGUAUCACAAACUGGAAUUGUGACAUUUUUAGUUUUUUUAUGCAAAAAUCCAGAAUGAAACGAUUUGAUUGGCUGAAUGAAAACAGGUUCUCAUCUACAGCCAGGUUUUUUAAAGUCUGACACUGUGGACAACAUGAAAACAAAACAAUCAUGCUUGUUUUGGAACUACAUUUCCCACAAUGCUCCUUUUUUAGUUUUUUAAAGCUGUCAUUAGUUUCCAUGUAGUCAAGACAGGAAACUUUAAAACAUGACGGUUCUUUACCAUGUUUGGACAUCAGUGAUGAUCAUGAUGUCGUCUGACUGAGUGAUGAAGAGGAGGAGCGGUGACCCUAUUCGUUCUGAUUGGUUUGCUGCGCAGACAGAAUGACGAUGGCAUAAUUAACGAGCUGUGAUGUUGUGUUUCAGGUGUGAUCAGGUGUGUGUGUGUUGGAGCAGCAGGAUGCCUACCCCUCCCCCCCCCCCCCCCCCCCCACCAGGGGCACCCCCAGCUCCCCCCACCUUCAGCCAGGCCAACACCACCCCCCCCAAGCUGAGCAGAGAGGAGGCUAAAGGUCACGGCGCUCUGCUGACCGACAUCUGUAAAGGCACCGGGCUGAAGAAGGUGGCGGUGGUGAACGACCGCAGCGCUCCGCUGCUCGACAGUAAGAGCCAAACACCAAAGAGCCAAACACCCCCCACAGAUCACCCAUACAUUCGCUUAUACCAAUACCUACAGAACCAGCCUCAGCAGCAGGGGGCGCCGUCUGAGGAGCAGCAGAGGACGGCACUAGAGAAGCCCAAAGGAGGCGGAGCAGCAGCAGCUGGAGCCAAUGGCAGUCCAGCAGGAAGCCCGUCUGAUUCUGUUCCACCAAUAGGAUGGCUGUUCACGGGGGGGGUCCCCAAACUGAGACCAGUCGGAGAUGGUUCUUCUGGAUGUUGUCCUUCCACUCGAGUUGCAGCGCCCCGCCCCCCCAGCCAUCGCCAUGACGACACAGAGAGCCCCUCCCCUCAGACGCUGUCGCCCACGAGUCGCUCCCAGCGCCCCUCCCUGCCCAACUUGAGCUCCCCCCCCUCCUCCUCUGCAGCUUCCUCCCCCUCCACCAGCAUGAAGCACUCCUCCUCCGCCCCCCCUCCACCUCCUCCUCUCUGUCGCCGCGGUAACGCCCCCUCUCCUCCUUCCUCCUCCUCCUUUUACAACAGCGAGAAGCCCCUCCCUCGGACCCCAAACAACACCCCGCCCCUCCCCUCCAAACCUCCCCCGUCUCCCGGCAACAGCAGACGCCCUCCCACCUCAGGAGGAAACCCCGCCUCCUCCCCCUCCUCCUCCUCCCUGGCCCCGCCCCCUCCACCUUAUCGCAUCGCUAACAGUCCGACAGGUGGCGUGGAGGCGGUGCCUGACCUGCCGCAGCGUCACAACUCCCUCGGCAACAAGAGGGCCGCCCCCUCCCCCGGAGGCCACACCCCCACCAGAGGCCCCGCCCCUCCCCCACCCCUGGCCUCCCCCACCCCCUCCCAACAGGGGGCCAACAGGCCGCCGCCCCCCAUCAGAGAGACGCCAGGUAGAGGAGCAGCUCCUCCUGUUCCGGUCCAGCCGUCAUCGUUGAGACCAGGUGGCAGAGAAGCUCCGCCCCCGCCUCCUUACAGGACUCAUGGUAGCCCCUCCCUCUCCCCUGACCCCCCCGCUAGAGGAAAACCUCCUCCUCCGCCCACCCGCAACCCCGCUGGUCCUCCCCCUCCUCUCCGCAACGGACACUCCUCCUCCUCCGUCCCUCGCUCGUUUGUCGAUGACUUUGAGUCCAAGUAUUCGUUCCAUCCUCUGGACGACUUCCCUCCUCCAGACGAGUACCGACACUUCGCCAAGAUCUACCCCAGCAGAGCCAACAGAGUGAUGAGAGGAGCUCCUCCACUGCCUCCUGUUGGGAGGUGAACCAUGAGAUGACAUCACCGCUGGAACACACACACACACAUAUGAACACACGCUCCGCUCCAUGCUGUUUGACAUCACAUCUGCAGCAUCCAGCGUCGUCGUCGUCUUCAUCGCCACCUCGUCUACGCUCUCAUCUGAUUGGCCGAGUUCUGAUCAUGUGUCUUAAAGUGAUGAAGAGGAGCGGCUCGCUCUGCAAACUGUGACCUCAGCGUUCUUCCUCCUCCUCUCUGGACACCUUUAGUUUGUUUUGUUUGCACUUUUUGGUUGCAGCUCCUCGUGAGGAGGUGUGAGGAGGUGAUAGACUGAUGAGGAGGAGCAGUUUGUUGCACAGACUGAAGAUGAAGGCGUGAGUGGGGGGGGUCUUUAUCUCUUUCUGAGCUGGAGACAAACUACGUUGUGAUGUCAUCAGAAAUCCUCGUAAAGU